AGCAGCACGAUCCGUAUCAUAACGCGGGCUACAUGCACUUGUGGUGUAUGGACCGCUGCUUCGAUCUCCUAGAGAUUGCCCAAGCAUUCGACCUGAAGCCUGAUACCCGCUACUUUGAAAAGGAAGAGCGCAACCCCAUGGCCAUGACCCGUGAUCACGACGAGCUGGUGAUGGAGUUUGAAGAGUGGCGCACAUCCCAGCAGGCCGCUUACGAAGAAUGGCAAAGGUCGUCAGAGACCAACAAGAUGAUGGGACUCCCCAUCCAGAACCGCCAGGUCGGCCGAGAAGCCAAGCUGUGGUACGUGCUGACGACCAAGCACCUGGCGCUGGAGACUCCGGUGCGGAGCAACAUGCGGAAGAAGAGAAACGGCAUUUCCAUUGAUAAGCACAAGGGCGAUCUCGACUGGUACGUCGAGAGAGUCAACGAGAAAAAGUUUUCCAAAAAGGGGCAAUCCGUCAUCGAGGAGCUCGACAGUGACGACGAAGAAGGCAGACAGACUGGUGCGAGCAGGGCGGCCCGUCCGAGUAUCGAUAAGAGAAAACGCGAAGAAUACGAGUUUGACGACAAUGACAACGCCUCUCAUUCCCAGACAGCCACUUGGAACAAACGUGCGAAACAGUCGUGCUAUUCACCCGUUGAAAGACGUUGAUCAUUGAUGCCUUUGUCUCUCCCUUUACCAGGUGGUGAAGAACCAUGCGCCUCCAAAAUCUUUGUAAUUCUUGGCCACAUUGGGAUGUUUGUUUUCUGAGCCGGAGCAAGGGGCUAUGUUCACACGAAUGCGGUUAACAUAGGAUUGAUACCCCAUAUUAGAUAUAGAUGCACCAAGAAGGCGGGGUGGAGACGAGGAGAAGAGGAAUGGAAACCUCGUUGGCAGCCUCAACGCAACGAAUCAGAGAUACAGAC